CAUGGCGGCCGUGGCGGCGAAAACUGGGGGAGGGCGGCUAGCGGGGACGAUAGCUCUGGUCACAGGUGGCGGGAACGGGAUCGGGCGAGCCGUGUGCCAGACGUUUGCCCGGGAGGGAGCGGCGGUAGCAGUGGUGGACAGGAACCAGCCAGCUGCACGGGAGACACUCGAGUCACUGCCGAGUGUUCCACAUGGGAAGCAUCACCAGUAUACCACGGAUGUGUCCUCUUCUGCUGAUGUUAAUAAACUGGUCUCCGAUGUCUGUUCGGACUACCCCUCCCCGCCCAGCGUUGUGGUGACGUCAGCCGGCAUCAUCAGGUACGCCCCCUUUCUGCAGGUGGAUGAACAGCACUUUGACGACGUCAUCGGUGUGAAUCUCAAGGGCACGUUCCUGGUAGCGCAGGCCUUUGCCAGACUGAUGGUGCAGAGGAAACUGCAGAACUGUUCCAUCUGUACUCUGUCCAGUGUGUCGCUCAGAACAGGUACAGCCGAUCGCUCUCCCUACAACACUACUAAGGGUGCGAUAGUGUCCCUCACCAAGUCCAUGGCUAUAGAACUCGCACAGUAUAACAUCCGGUGUAACACAGUCAUCCCAGGCAGCAUCAGGACUGAGAUGGUGAUGAAGAACAGAACACCUGAGGAACUCCAGCAGAGGAUUCAGGCCAGUGUCCCUCUAUGUCGUGUCGGUGAACCAGAAGAGGUGGCCAACCUGAUCCUGUUCCUGGCCUCCAGUGAGAGCAGCUACAUGACUGGGCAGGCAGUGGAAAUUACAGGUGGGAUGUAGACGUCAAGCACCACAAUAUUUUUAACAUGCCGGAUUUACAGACUCUUUACAGGAUGGGUGACCGUAGUCAUCUUUUUUACCUCAGGUUUUAAUUUUGGUCUAUUAGUGAGCAGAAUGAUCAAGUAGGCACAAACAAGACAAAAACAUGUCCUCAUCUGUACAUGUGGCAUGGGAAACUCUAUGAUAAGGCAGUAUUUAUAUGUGCAUGUGUAAUUGUAAUGAUGUUUCAAUCUAGAACAGUGAUUUAAUGGAGUUGUGAUUGGACUGUUUCUGGUAAAUAAAUGCUUCGUGUAUGUAUAUAAAGAGGAAAGACAGAGAAAGAAAACAUUUUCGUCUGAUUCAGUUUGAUAUGCUUUAUUAUCUCCAAAGUAAAGUGUCCAUAAUUUUUCUACGCUAAAAUAGCUAUGUACAACAAAAAUAUUAAGCUGAAUGUCUAACAGUAGCAUACAUUUUUUGCAGUACAAAGUUUUAUGCAUGUACUUU